AGCAAGAUGUCAAGAAAGAAAUCUGAGUAUUCUUCUCAGUAUGACAAAAAAGGGUUGUCUGAGGAGCUGAUAAAAAUAAGAGAUAAUCCAGAGCCAGUCCUUAGCCCUAAAGCUUGUGCAAAGUCUCCAAAGUUUGUUAAAAAGUCUAAAUAAGAGCGAUGAGAACUCCUUAAUUCUCAGAGUGUAUAGCCCAGAAAAGGCUAAGAAAUAUAUCAGAUCUUCUUCAUUCAAGAAGGCUGACCUUCAAAAGAGAAUUCAGCAGAUGAAAUAAAUCGUUUGAUAAGAGAAUGGGUAGUAAUUCUACUUCCCAUGACAAACCAUGCAAAAUAUAUUUUAAGAACCAGAAAAGUAAGGAAAGUCUAGUGAGAAAUCAGAAAAAAUUACCCACUCCGAAGAAGCAAUUGGAUGUAAGCAAACUGCAGGGGAAGAGCACACUACAUAUUUUGGAAAAAUACCAAAAGUGAUCAGGAGACCUUAAGAGGGCAAAGAACCAGAAUGAUAUCUUAGAAGCCUUCCAUUCUUCAUUUGAAGAUUUGAAGCAAGGAGAUAAUGAUUUGAGUAAUAUAUCAGGGUUUAAACCAAAGAACCAUAUUUCUAUCGAAAGUCCACAUAUCAGCUGGAAUAGUCCGAAGAUGGUUAGGACAUCCAAGAAUAAGCACAAUGUGAACUUUAUUAACAAAUCUAAGCUCUCAACAUUAUCUGACAAUACUGACAGAUCUAUGGUUUCUAAAAAGAGGUUUAAAGCAUCUAAUUCUGAGCACAAAACUCCAAUGAGCUUGGUUAAAAAGGAACAAACUUUGAGAAGGAAAUAAAGGAAGUCUUGAACCACCCAAAAGAUCUAAUUUAGAUUGGAACCCAGAUAUUUCCAUAACGAAUGUAGAGACUAAGCUGGCUAAAGCCCUUCGUCUCUCUCGCGACGAGGGGAACUCCUCGCUUGGGUCAGUUAAGCAGACUUAUGUUGGGAAGAAGUCUCCAGAUGAUUUAAAAUAAAAUGUCUGAGAUCUUCCAAAUGAGGUAUCUCAGAUUGACUAAUUCCUUCGGCAAAUUAGAUACUAAUCGAAAAGAAAGCAAACACAAGAAUUCAAAGAGUGGAAUGAAAUACAAGGAUAACUCAAGAGGUAUUUUUAAGCACAAGCUUGAACUUCUCAAAGAAAACAUGCAAAAAGAGUACUAUAAGGGUAUUGCCAGCGUAAAGGAAAAGAACAAGGAGCGAGAAUUGGAAAGAACAAUACAGGGGCAUAAGACUCCUAUUAAUUUUGAUUACGAGAUAUUGCCCAAAAUAAAUGGAAACAUCAAGCCAAUGUUCAAAGACAACUCUAAGGAGAGCUUGUUAAGAAUAUGUGAGAAAGGAUAUACUCUAUCCCUUCCUAAUCAUAUUAAUGUAAUGAAAAGUACACUAGAUAAAAGCCAGGAUACCUCUUUGAAUCAAGAUUUAGAGAUAUAAUGGAAUAGCAAGGAUCGGCCUAUAAGUCAAACUUGGAAAUAUUCAGUCUGUCACAGGAGUAAACCUAAGUUCAGUAGAUCUUCAGUCUAGCUUAAUGUGAUAUUCCAGACUCUUUGGUUGAUCCAAGAAUAAUUGUAGCGACCAAGUUGUUGUAAAUAAAUUUCAAUUUUA